AUGGAGUACAGGACAGUGGUGAUGUACGUGGAGAUCGGCUGCUUUGUGUCCUGUCUGUGUGGCUGGAUCCUGGUGUGUUCAACACUUCCGACAGAGUACUGGACUUUCUCUGAGGUGGGCAGCAUCGUGCUGACCACUUCCAACUACUACUCCAACCUGUGGAUGGACUGCAUCUCUGACACCACGGGAGUAUCCGACUGCAAGUACUACCCCUCCAUGCUGGCCCUGCCAGUGUUCCUCCACGCCUGCAGGGCAUUGGCGGUCUCCUCCGUUGCAACUGGCUUUUUCGGAGGCGUCCUCACACUCAUCGGGAUGAAAUGCACUAAAAUAGGCGGGUCAGAGCUCGCCAACUCCAGGGUGACCUUUGCGGGGGCUUUAACCUUCCUGGUUUCAGGAACCUGUGGAAUGAUCACCUACUCGUGGUGGGCCAACAAAGUUGUAAGGGAAUUCCUGGAUCCACACUUCAGGGCACAGAAGUUUGAAAUUGGAGCGGCGGUCUUCGUUGGCUGGGGAGGCUCCGUCCUUCUCGUCUCUGGAAGCUCAGUGCUGACUUACUUCUCGGGAAAAGAAGGUUUGCCAUCGAGUUCCUCAAGGAGGCCUCGGAGACCAGCCACGUACGCUACGGCGAGGACCAGACGUACCUACAUGCUGCCGGCCACGUCUUCCAGAGUGACUCUGGGGCCGCCGCUGUUUUACGAGGGCAGGAGGAGCCGAGCGACCAGAGCCACGCCAAAGAGCGGGCUGACCUUCAACAGGGACAGUUUUGUCUAAGACCCAACUACGAGCUUUAGGAAGUGACUCAAAAGACUUAAAAGAAUAAUUUGUUGAGGUACUGAAACACAGUCGGCACUGUGUGUCCCCUGCACCGAAAAAACAACACACAUGAUGUAAUAUUUGAUAAUGGAUGACAAAAAAACCCACAUUUUGUAUUGUAUUCUGUUUUUCUGUUGAUAUUUAUUUACUUUUACACUAUAGCUGAAUUACUAGUAUCUCAAUCAUGUCAAAUUGACAUGUCAAGUUUGUGAUUGCUGUGUAAACCACCUCACUCAAAAAUCUUUAAUUGGCUUAAUUGACUUAAUUGGCAAGUUUUCAGAAAUCCAGAGAGCAAAGAGCGGCUUCUCUAAACAUAUCAGUUCUUAAUGUUUACAUAUUUCAAAUUAGAACUCUUCAAUAGUCAACUGUCCUGUUACACAAUUUGAUUUAAUCAUGUUAUUUCUCUGAUGUAAAUCACUUGCAUGUUGGCUGAGGGCUGAACCAGACUUUUGAAACUGUGUUGUUACAUGAAGCCUUGCAUUUUU